CAUUCCCGUAAAGCCAGCACAAAGCUUGUCAGUCUACACUGAUAACGGUUUGAAAUACUUCUGUGCGAUAAACAAAUUCAGUGUUUAAAGUUCAAACUCGUCCAAGUGUAAAUUCUCUUUACUGUUAACGGAAAGUUUGGUUCAAUUUUAUUUAUUCUUAUCGCUGUUGUUAAUCACUGUCUGUUGUGGAUUAAAAUAUUUAGUUGUAUGCUCUACGUGGAUAACUUAUUAUUUUCGUUACAGUAGCUUGAUAGUCCGAACAUUCUCAUUUCAAAAUUGUGAGUUUAUAUCAAAGUUGGUUCGUCUAUUUAUUGGUAAAAAGUUGGAUUUCAUUUUCCAUUAUUUUGAAACAGUUUCAUAUAAAAAAACUACUUUUAAGUUUGUAGAAAAAUUCUGAUUUUAGAAUUCUGAGUGAUAUUUGUUAUCGAAAUGGGGUUGAUGAGUGGAAAAUUCGUGGAGAAAAUUCGCUUGGAUGGAAAAACUGCUAUAAUAACAGGAUCGAAUUCGGGUAUAGGAAAAAUUACAGCAAAGGAAUUUUACAGGCUUGGUGCCAGAGUGAUAAUGGCUUGCAGAGACUUGAAGCGGGCUGAAGAGGCUGCCCAAGAGAUCAAAGACGAGCUGAAAGAUGAAGAGAAUAUUGGAGAGGUUGUCAUCAAGAAACUAGACUUGAACUCUUUGAGCUCCAUCAGAGCAUGCGCACAAGAUAUCUUGGCUACUGAACAGAAAAUACAUCUACUCAUCAAUAAUGCUGGAGUGAUGAUGUGUCCUCAAGGCAAAACCGAGGAUGGCUUUGAAACACAGUUUGGAGUCAACCAUUUGGGUCAUUUUCUGUUCACCAUUUUGCUUUUGCCAAAAAUUAUCGAUUCACAACCGGCCAGGAUCGUUAAUUUGUCGUCAGUUGCACAUCAGCGAGGCUACAUAAAGUUCGACGAUCUAAACUGGGAGAAGAGACCCUACAGUGCAUUAGCUGCCUAUCAACAAAGCAAGCUGGCCAAUGUUCUUUUCACUAAAGAGCUGGCGGAACGUCUUCAAGGUAAGGGAGUGAAUGUAUACGCAGUUCACCCGGGUGUAGUGAAAACUGAGCUGGGUCGACACUUGGACGAGGUCUAUUUCACCGGUGCUCGCACGCUGGCGCGAACUCUGGGCUAUUUCCUGCUGAAAACCCCCGAACAGGGGGCGCAAACAACCCUUUACUGUGCUCUCAGCGAGGCAGCAGCCAAUGAGACCGGACUGUAUUACAGCGAUUGCAACGUGAAAGAGCCGGCUCCCCAGGCUAAAGACAUGGAGAAAGCAAAGCGCCUAUGGCAAGAGAGCAUGAAAAUGGUUGGGCUGACCGAGGAUAGUUUGAAGUUUUGAAAUUUGAAUUCAAAUCAACUCCAAAUGUGAAUGUUUCUACUUUGUAAAAUUUGAUAAGUGCCCAAUUUUUUAUUUAUUUUUGACAGGUAUAUUUAAGAAUUGGAUUGCAGAGGUUGAUCAUGGAUUGUAAUGAAAACAUGAGGGAAUUAUAGAAAGGAUUAUGAUAGACAUUAUUAGGGAUUAUGAUAAGACUGCCAUAAACUUAACGAAGCCAAUAUCACUCGAAGUAAAUAAUCUAUUAGUAGAUAACUGACUAAUAAGGUACUUACUUGAUUCAAAAAAAUCUCUCUUAGUGAUAGCCUAUAAUGAUAAAGUAGGUAAUAAUUUGUUCGACAGUGCUGUUAUCAUGAUUUGAAAAUCAACUUCGAAGGGAGAGAGAAACUCACAUUCUUACUUUCUUAGCUUAAUUUCUUAAAAUAUAUUUUUUAUGAUAUUAUUGACAUUAUUAAGUAAUUUAAAAUAAUUAUAGACAUUACAAAGAAUAUAUAAUAUUUUAAAAAGUUGGAUAUUGUUCUACGUUAUCGAUGUUGUAUUUUAUUGUAUUUGGAAUAAAUAAUAUUUUGCAAUUUUGUUAAAA